CAUACACACGCACAGACCUUUUCCCCUCCCUUUGUGGUCACUAUUCGCGAUGGGCUAGGCACUAAACGUGGAUUCCCAAGCUAUGCUCUAACCUGGGUUCCCCGUUUGGUGGCUUCUGGAGCGGGUGGGGUCCUUUGGGUUAUCUCUUUUCCAUCAAGGGUCGAUCGCGCAUCAAAACAAAACAACCAGCAAUACAUCUCCCGGCUUAUGUUGCGAAUGGGAUGCGAUGUGAUGUAUGCUGUGUGCUAUGGCCGAUGGGCUGGAGCAGCUCCUGGGUGUGUACUAAUGUAUGUGUCUCCAUUACAACGCUCUCCCACGCCAUUCUUGUCUCUACCGCCAUGGCCACUCUCACCCCAGGUGUAUCUCCCACUUCUUGCCUGGCAAUUUCAUCUCCCCGACCUCCCCUCUCUCCCAUCUCCCCGGACCCAUCGACUAUUAUCAGUCCUAAAUACCGUGCUGCGAAACAUAAAAUCUCAAUGAGAGAGGUGCAGCCUAAUUAUCGGAGAGCUGAUGGUUAUGGCCAAGGUCACCACCACCGAAAGUAUCAGGACCAGCAAAGGGUCGAUGAACUUGAUCCAGACGGUGUCCCAGCAAAAGCGGAUGAUGAGCCUCGGGUCUGUCCGGUAAGAACCUCUCCUUCGCCCUCGCCCUCGCCGCCCUCCCGACCUCGAUCCCCACUCCCAUCUCCAUCCCUCAAAGUUCAAGUCCGACCCAUCCGCGCUCUGCCCCGUCUCUCAGACCCUACUGUCCAAGCGUUAGGUAUCCCCGUGUCCAAUUAUGUCUUUGCUCCCAACCCCCUAGGUUUCCAGUUUAACCAUUCUGAUCUUUCCAGGUUCCGGAAUGGCGCUCAUGGGAGGUGCGGCGUUGAUGUUGAUGUGGAUAUGGAUGUUGAUGAUGAUGGUGGCGGCGAAGAGGGUGAUGGGAAGCCGAUGACGAUGAGUGAAGCGGUUUGGAGGAGAUGGGAGCAAGUGGGUGAGUUGGCGAAAGGUGCAGGAGAGUUAUUCAGGUAUGCGUAUGACCGGGAUGGGAAUGAUUAUCGGCCUGACAUGACACACGUCCAAGCCAUACGUCUAGUCAUUGCAGCUUCUCCUCGAAAGAUGAUGACUCUUGCCCAAAUAUACCAAGCGAUCGAAGAACGCUGGCCGUGGCAUAAAGCAGCAGGCUCUACGUGGAAGAAUUCGAUAAGACACAACCUCUCUCUUAAUGACUGCUUUAUCAACGCCGAGCGGCCAACUCAUGAAGGCGGGAGUGGGAAGGGUGGGUAUUGGACCGUGAAUGACAAGCUCACUGGCAAAACCGCUCGCAAGCUUAAACGUUCUUUGCGUUCAGAACUCGAAAAUGAGAUGGAAAACGACGCGAUUGAAGUGGAUGGUCGUGCUGGUGGUCUAUCCCAUCGUCAUCCCUACCCUCAACCCAACGCUCACGCCACUUAUUUUCCUUCUUCCUUCUCCCCCACUCACCCUCACCCCCAUUAUCCUCAUUCACAGACGCACAACAUAAAUGAUAUGUAUACUACGGAAACACUUUGGGACCCCCCUGCUCGGCCGGUUCGGUCGGUAAAGAGGUAUCGUCUUUCGCAACCUCCUCUUCCUCCUUCUGGUUCUGGUGCUGUUUCGGCUUCUUAUCAGCCUUAUUUUCAAUUAUACCCACACUCUCGCCCUCACCAGCACCCACACGAGCACGAGCUUCCACAUGAGCGUCGACACGAGCACACACUAGAGCGUGCACGACCGAUACUAGCAAACGAAUACACCCGCUCUCCUUCUCCCUCCCUUUACACUCAUUUUCCCGAGUAUAAGCGCGAUCCUCAUCUUCGAUUAGGUAUAUCUCUUUCUGUGCCAACUUUUGCUCACAUGCAAUCUCACAGUCGAGGAGCAUUGCCACAUGCGCCCGAAUUGAUGGACCAAGAACGUGAUGGGGAUGAGCAGAGGGAUAGGGAACAGCGGGUGAGGGAUUCAGUCACGCCGUUUGGUGUGCGAGUCUUCGCGCAAGAACGAGAGCGAGGGAAGGAGAGAGAGGAACAACGUCCCAUAUCACUUGUCGACCUCCGCCAGUUAGAUCCAUCCUCGUCCUGCCCUGCAUCAGUGCCAUCAGCGCCAUCCUCAGCAUUGUCCAACUUUACUUCCGCACCAACCUCCGUAUCGGCACCAUUCCCAGAAUCGGCAACUGUAUUAAUAUCCACAUCAACGGCAAACAAAAAUAAAUCCUCAAGCGAAUGGACGUCCCAUCACACCCGAACUGCCAGAGUUGGGACAGGACGAUUUUGGAAAUGGGAUCUUUUUGGUAGGAGUAGUGGGAGUGCAGGUGGUGAACGGGAACGAGAGCGGAAAAAAGAGGACGAACGAGAGCGAGAAUGGGAAGGGGAACAGAGAGGAUACUACCAUCCAUACCCUACACCCAAGACGUCUGGUGAGAUCGAGCGGGAAGCCGAUUACAAUGAUCACGAGCACUACGACCAUACCCAAAACCACGUCCAUACUCAAAACCACGUCCAUACGCAAAACCACGUCCAUACACAAAACCAAAAUCAAAAGGCAAAGUAUGUUUCCAGGGACAUUCCAUUUUCGCUCUGGACCCCGCCCGGACAAGGGGCGGGGCAGAUGGGAGGAAGGGAAAAAGGGGAGGAUAGGGACGAACUACAGAGAGCUGCAGACGGUGUAGAGCUGUUGGCGCUUGCUGCUGCUAAGAUACAAGGAUGAAAAUGUGAGGACGAGAGGGCGUGAGCGCGUUGAGCACAGGAGCGGAGGGAUGAGUGGGAGUUUCAAAGGUGGGAUAGGUGAAUCUGCGACCAAUGUCAAGAAAAGCGAAAAAAAAAUGUCUUGUUUUCAUACCCAUACUCAUACUCUUGUUCAACAAAGAUCUCCCUCUCAUGUGCACAGUCAGCCGUCGUAUUGCGCCACAUCCACAUUUAUACUUUACGGCCCAGCUGAGAUGUCAA